AUGGCUCGCGGCGUUGCAGCCAUGCAGCCCGACGAUGGGGACGCCCAGCAGGGAGAGUCCAAAGGAUCCAAGAGAAGAUGUGUGCAGUCCGCAUGUGUGCCCUGUCGCAAACGCAAAUCAAAGUGUGACGGCGCGACACCGUUCUGCGCAACAUGCACAGCGGUCUACAAGACUCCAUGCCAAUACGAUGCCGAGAGCGAGAGCCGGCGUUCCAAGUCAUCGUCCGCGGCCUCUGGCACCAAGCGUGAAGCCUCUGCCGCUACCGCGUCGCACGCAGGAGAAGCGCUAACUGUCGACUCCAUCAUCGACUCCAUUAGAAACCUGCCAGAAGAUCAUGUGCUCGAUCUUAUCCAGGAAAUCCGCAAAGACCCAAAAGCUGAUGCGUCCGCACUGGUGAACUCAUGGCGCAACCCUGUCGCGCUACCCCAGCCAUCUUUGCCUUUUGACGUGCAAAGCCUUGAAUCAGACCUCAGCGUGCUUCUCGGUAGACCAGCAGUCACCCUAACAGGCCAGAGCAGACACUUCGGCCACUCAGCCAGCUUAGGAUUGGUAACAGAAGAUGAAGACUACGGCGGCGGCCUGGCUCGGCUGCACACCGUCGACGUGCAGAGACGAGGGACUACCUGGACGACUGUCACAGACGACCUAGCGUUCGUCAACCGACUACUCACUCUCUACUUCACAUGGAGCCACCCCUUUUACAUCAUCUUCAGCCGCGAGAGCUUCUACAAAGACUUCCAUGAGGGGCGCAACAAGUACUGCUCACCUUUGCUGGUCAACGCCAUCUGCGCCUAUGCAUGUCAUCUGACAGACGAACCUGCUGGGCGAACAGAUCCCAGUAACUUUCGCACUGCGGGCGAUCACUUCUUCGCAGAGGCCAGGAGAUUGUUGCAACAAGACGAGUUGCCCAGCCUCACCACCACACAAGCUCUGUGCGUCAUGGCCAUGCGCGAGCCCAGCACUGGACGAGACAGCUCAGGAUUUGGGUACGCUGGAAGGUGCAUACGCAUGUGUGUUGAGCUGGGAUUGCACCUGAACAACAGCGCCAGCCCAGCCCUGGGCCUAACCCCGAGCGAGGUCGAAGUCAGGAAAGUCACUUUCUGGGGCUGUUUCACGGUCGACUCAGUAUGGUCCAUUUGCGCCGGUCGAAUCGCCCAACUGCCCCGAGCAGCCAUCACACUUGAGAAGCCCAUCAUUGAGGAGUCGAGUGGACCUCUUGCGGCCAACUAUGGCGUAGCCACAAUCAUUACCACACGCAUGUUCUUGCAAGAGUUCUCUGCGCUUUCAGAGCUCAUCAACGACAACAACUACAUGUUCUUUGCGCCAAAGGAGAGGCUCACCAGCACCAGACUCCUAGACCAGUACAACAAGUACCAGGCAUGGUACCGGAAGUUACCAACGAUUAUGAGGAUCGAGGGUAGCCGACAACCUGAGCCUCACAUUCUCACUCUGCACAUGCUCUACUGGUGUGUUAUUGUGCACCUUUUCAGACCGAUGCUGAAGGUUGACUUGAUACACUCGGACGUCCACCCCAAGGACAAGUGCAUCGAAGCAGCCAACAAAGUCUCCGAGCUCACGCGAUUGUACCGUCAGCUGUACGAUUUCCGCACAGCACACCUCGCGAUUCCGCAUAUCCUCCUUUCCGUCUCGAUCGUGCACCUUCUCUAUUCAAAAGACAAUUCGACAUCGCGUCAGAAUCUUGUCGAGGGGCUGCAAGGCCUCGAGGCCCUUCACGAGUGUCACUACUUUGGAGCGAGAAGCUUCCGAAUCAUACACACUCUCUCCAAGACUUGGAAUCUGCCAUUCCCCGAAGAGCUGAGAAGCUCGAAGCUAGUACCUCGACACGAUCCAGACAGACCGCCAGGGACGAUCAGCCCUCCCCCUGACCCUCUUCUCGUGGCUCCCAACACGGCUGCUCUCGUCAACCGCAUGGGAACCGGUGGAUACUCUCAAGUCCCUGAGCCCGACAGGAGGGGCAGCUUGUCGAUGUUUGCAAACAGGAAUCUCGCUGUGAACACGCACAUUGCACCACGAUCAAACUCUGUGGUACCUAGCCAGCAUCACAGCUCACCGAUAGCAUCGCAGACACCCACUCAGCCGCCGUUCAGCGCAGGUAUGACUAUGGGCUCGUACACGUACUCGCAGCCGAUAUCCUCGAUGACGGCAGCGACGACAAGCACAGCGACGUCAGAUGCUGCGGAUGCCAUGUUCUGGACGCCCAUUGCUGGCAUGCCGGCUCCCAUCCUUCCACGACUCAGCUACAGCCAGGUGAGUCCCAUGGGCCUGGAUAGCGUCCUUCAUGCGGGAGACAUGGGCGAACGCAUCGGGCGCGACGGGUUCAAGAUCAACGAAGACUGGCAGCAGACGGGCGUUGGCGGGUUUGGAGCCAGUGCGCCAGGUGGGUACGAGCACGCUGGUCAGGGCGGUGGACCGUAUCCCAUAUCGUACCAGCGCGGCAGCCACAGCGGUGGCCAGCACCCCCAGGGCCAGGGAGGAUUUGACGAUGCGUCCUGGUGGCAGAAUGGAGGUGCAAGUUCGAGCCAGAUGAGUUGA